AUGGCUGUGGCAAUUGCCCUCAUCCUGGCUGUGCUGGCUGUCCAGCAUAGGCUGAAGUGUGAUCAUGAGAUAGAUGUGGCCACAUCCAAGCGGAUGCAGCAGUGUGAGGAGUAUCUGCAUCAGGAAAUGAUUGGGCUGCUGCGGGAGAUCGAGCGGAGCAGGUCUUUGGCUGUGUCCACCCCAUUGCCAGUGCAGGGCCUGCCUGACACGUGCAAGGAGCUGCCUGGAGCUGGACACCACGAGCAGCUGCCAGCAAGGCACUCCAGCAUCCAUGUGGUGCUGGAGGGCAGGUGCUCGAGGGAGCAGCUGCUGGGGGAUAUUUUGUGCUUUCUCCACCAUCCCGACGACAAGCUAUGGAGGGAUCAGAGCUUGUACCUCCUAUGCACCCUCUGCACAUGCUCCUACUUAGGCUUGGAGAAAAUCACCCGCUGGGUGCAACAUUUGGUGAGAUCAGCCUGGCUGCUUUUGCCUCAGUCACACCACUGCCAGCUAAUGGUGCUGCCCUCCUCCUGGUCCUGCAGGUUCCAGCUGACAAGCACCUCCAAGAUGAACAUCUUCACUGAGAUGAUUUUUGCAGUGCAGCAAGGCAGCUCAGGCACCUACCUGAACCUUGAGUAGGUAGAGGCCAGCUUUACCAGCAGCACAUGAUGGCCGGAGAGCUGCACUGUUGUUGAGAUGCAGCUUUUCAGACUCAUGGUGAGGCACACCCAGCAGGACAAUUCCCAGCUCAGAUGUCUGCAGCUCUGCACCCGUAUCCUUGUGGUCACAGGCUUUUCCACCCAUGCCUGUGACCCUGAGGACCUACUUUCCUCUCACGCUGGGGGGGCCCGGGCAACAAUUUCGGACACUGGGACAGAGAAUCUGCUCAUCCCAGAGACUGCCUGGGGAGUCUGUGCCACAGAUCUGAGCAUGGAGAUGACACUGCUCAAGAAGAGCUCAGCAUAACUGGAGUUAGGGGGACUCUCCCCUGGUCCAGCUGAAGAUGCCAUUGUAACUGAGGCUCCUGUUACCACCUGUAAUGGGAUGGGACCACCUGUCCUGUUGGAAAGAGUUGAUCCCCUCUGGGACCUUUAGGCGAUGCAAA